UUAUGACCGCGAAUAAUUGCAGCCGCGAAUAUAUCCCGACCUACGGUAAUUUUUAGCUCCAGCUGGCCUAACAAGCACAGAUGAUAUGGAUACUUUUGAAGAAAAAUUAAAGGAUGAGGUGAUUAACUUGAUAACUGAAGAGGACACGUCCAGUGAUUCCUUCUUGGGUACCAUAAAGACUCAAGCUAAUUUUGAGGAUCACUUUGGAGACAUUCACGACUGGAAAGGAGACAGUAAUAUCCACCAUUUCUUAUGCAGGCAACUCUACCUUCACUACACAGCAGCAGAACAGGAUAUAUUGUCCAGUGUGUGGCAUCGUUAUGUUGAUGGUUUAAAGAAAGGUCCUAAUCAGUAUAGAGAGGUACCGACCGAUAGAACAAAGAAGAGAGAGUUUCAUAAUUAUUUGAGGAAAGGGAUCCCCCUGGAGUUUAGAUCACAAAUUUGGAGCAGUAUUAUAAAUCAUCACAUUGGAAAAUUUCGAGAUAUUAAGAACAAUGCGAGUAAGGACGGUAGCUAUUACCA